AAGAAAGAAGAGCCUCUGCCCCCAGCCACCAGCCAAAGCAUUCCAACCUUCUACUUCCCCAGAGGACGCCCGAAGGAGACGGCGAACGUGGAUGCUGUCAUCGCCAAGAUCGAGCGGACUUUUGCCCAGUUCCCACAUGAGAGAGCCACAAUGGAGGACAUGGGCAGAGUGGCCAAGGCCUGCGGCUGUCCACUCUACUGGAAGGGGCCACUCUUCUGUGGUGCUGGUGGGGAGCGCACAGGCUGUGUGUCCGUCCACAAGUUUGUCGCCAUGUGGAGAAAAAUCCUCCAGACCUGUCAUGACGACGCUGCCAAGUUUGUCCACCUGCUCAUGAAUCCUGGCUGCAACUACCUGGUGCAGGAAGACUUCGUCCCCUUUUUACAGGACGUGGUGAACACCCACCCAGGCCUGUCCUUCCUGAAGGAGGCGUCGGAGUUCCACUCCCGCUACAUCACCACGAGUCCCCUACUACAUUCUGCGUGCCCUCUCAGCGACUGGGGUCCUGCGGCAUGGUCCCCGUCCUUUCCCCACGUGCCUGCCCUGCACAUGCUGCACCGACAGGUCCUCCUCCUGCAGGUCAUCCAGCGGAUAUUCUACACGGUCAACAGGUCCUGGUCGGGCAGGAUCACUUGCACAGAGCUCAGGAGGAGCACCUUCCUACAGAAUGUGGCCCUGCUAGAGGAGGAGGCAGACAUCAACCAGCUGACCGAGUACUUCUCGUACGAGCACUUUUACGUCAUCUACUGUAAGUUCUGGGAGCUGGACACUGACCAUGACCUGCUCAUUGACGCACAGGACCUGGCCCGGCACAACGACCAUGCCAUUUCUACGAGGAUGGUCGACAGGAUAUUCUCGGGAGCUGUGACCAGAGGCAGAAAAGUACAGAAGGCAGGCAAGAUUAGCUACGCGGACUUUGUCUGGUUUUUGAUCUCUGAAGAGGACAAAAAAACCCCAACCAGCAUAGAGUACUGGUUCCGCUGCAUGGACCUGGACGGGGACGGGGCGUUGUCCAUGUUCGAGCUGGAGUAUUUCUACGAGGAACAGUGCCGCAGGCUGGAUAGCAUGGCCAUCGAGGCCCUGCCCUUUGAGGACUGCCUCUGCCAGAUGCUGGACCUGGUCAAGCCCCAGAAUGAAGGGAAGAUCACGCUCCAUGACCUGAAGCAGUGUAAGCUCGCCAACGUCUUCUUUGACACGUUCUUCAACAUCGAGAAGUACCUUGACCACGAGCAGAAAGAGCAGGUUUCACUGUUCAGGGAGAGCGAGAGCGACGGCCCCGAGCUGUCAGACUGGGAGAAGUACGCCGCCGAGGAGUACGACAUCCUGGUGGCCGAGGAGGCUGCGGGCGAGCCGUGGGACGAGGGAUUCGACACAGAGCUCAGCCCCGUGGACCAGAAGCUGAGCACAUUGCGGUCCCCGCUGUCCCAGAGGCCCUUCUUCGAGGCACCAUCCCCCCUGGGUGCUGUAGACCUGUACGAGUAUGCCUGUAGGGACGAGGACCUGCAGACUUUGUGACGCACCCAGGGAUCAUGUGCGGUGGCCCACGCCAGGGUGAUCGCUGAGAUGCACCAGUUUUGGUGUAAAAAAACCAUUUAAUCGUUGAGCUGUCUUUUGUGGAAGAUGAAGUGCAUUUGUACGGAAUGAUAAAUUUCUAUUUAUUCAUACGACGCUAGUCACAGAUGUCAUUGAUGGCGCAGAUUGAUUCCUACCUGACCUUGAGGGGCCGACGCUGGCUCAAGAACUCUGCAGUCUGGCACGUCGGCCCCAGGGUCCCUUGUAAACUGGGACAGGCUCCUGUGCUAACACCCUGGGCCCCACCCACACUGCAGCUUUUGGAGUGGAGGUGUUGACUUACCCGUCCUGGCCAGCAGGUCACCCCAGGAUCUGGCUGCUCUGGAGAGGGCCACAGUGAUGUCCUCUGCCACAUGCUUGCUCUUCGGCGCUGGGCGCAUGCCACUCUCUCCUGGGGUCGUCACGAACAUUCCAUGAGCACCAGAUGGGCCCAGCUGGCCACACCCGCAUCUCCCACGUGCGGGGCAUGGGCAGGGAACCCUGCAGCGCCUUCAUUGGGAUGUUUUUACAUAAAUGUACAGAAGUAUGUAAAGGUAACCUUCAUUUGCUGUGUAUAGCGGUUUACGAAUGUUUUAUGUGAUCACGUUUGUAUUUUCAAAAAAAGAAUUUAAGGAUUUUCA